AUGCCCCUCUCAAGAUGGCGACAGCGACAGUGUGCCGGGAGCGUGCCCGAGCCGAGUCGAUCUUUCGCCACGCUCAAGAUGGCGGCCGCGGCGGCACCAUCCUCCCCCCCGGGCAAGAUUGCGGCGUGCCUGUGUUUGGAAUCACUCUCGCGGCAACCGCCCGGCUACGGCGCCGCAGACCCCACUGCCAGCGUCCUAGCGCCGGGAAUGGCGGCAGAAUGGCGCGGGAUCGGUCGGCAUCAGCCGGUGUCGGCGCCAGGCUCAGGCAGCAGACUCUUUAGACACCAUUGUGAGGGGCGGGGGCUCGCAGGCUCGGCCGUGUCCGCCCUCUCUGCCGCACUCACGAGGCGGCCGCGGUGGGACCUCGGCAGAGAGGUGAAUCCUGACGCUGCCUGUCGGCCCCUGCCGGGCUCCUGCGCGCCCGCGUUGCCUCCCAGCCCUCAGCCCGUGUCCCCGCGCCUGAAAACCAUGCGGAAAUUCGCGCCGGGGGGCCAGCGUCGAAAUCAGGGUCACAGGCAGGCAGUCAGUCCGAUAGACGGAGCCGGGUCCUUCAUUUCUCGCUCUUUUUGCCGCCUUUGGGAGGUCGGUCGGAUCGUGGCCGACACACCAAGGCAAACCAGUCAGAAGGAAAUACUUGAGGAUGAGGGUGCCUGUCAGGAAAAUGAAGCCUGUGUUGAGAAGCUGAAGGGCGCAGUCCUGCCCCAGCAACUUCAGACACUGGGGCUGAAAAUUCCUCUACUGCUGUCUGUCUGCUAGGAAGCAGUACUGCCAACAUUAUAUUGAAAGG